AUGUCAAUCACUCGACUUUCAAGUGCUAAGCUUUUAUUAAGUAGCACGUCACGCAAACUACAGGUAUUAAGGUUAAAUAGUACAACGACCAAACCCCUUACCCCUAGACAAAAAUGGCCGGAACUUUUGGACUCUGAUUUCAUAGUGAAUUCUCAAGGUGAAAAACAACCCGAUUAUGUCAAAUUGAUAUUAACUUCAAGAGUGUACGAUGUUGUGGACGAAGCCGGUACACCAUUAACCAAUGCUAUCAAUUUAUCUCAUAGAUGUGGUGCCAAUAUCUAUCUUAAAAGAGAGGAUUUGUUACCAGUUUUUUCGUUCAAGUUGAGAGGUGCAUAUAAUAUGAUUGCCCAUUUGCAUUCAAAUUCCCCACAACCUAUAUCAGGGGUUAUUGCUUGUUCGGCAGGAAACCAUGCCCAAGGAGUUGCAUUUUCUUCGAGUAAAUUAAAUAUCCCAGCCACAAUUGUCAUGCCUACUCCAACACCUUCUAUCAAGUACACCAAUGUUUCAAGAUUAGGUGCCCAAGUUGUAUUGUAUGGAGACGAUUUUGAUUCAGCAAAACAAGAGUGUGAAAGGUUGAGCACAGAGCAAAAUUUAAUCAACAUUCCACCUUUUAACCAUCCUUACGUUAUUGCUGGUCAGGGUACAAUUGCUUUAGAGAUUGCUAGACAAUUGAGAUUAGAUAAAUUGAAUGCCAUAUUUGUUCCUGUAGGAGGAGGUGGCUUAAUUGCAGGUGUGGCAGUGUAUUUGAAGCAUAUUGCCCCUCACGUCAAAAUCAUAGGAGUAGAAACGUAUGAUGCCGAUGCAUUGAACCAGUCUUUAAAGAAUAGUCGCCUGGUUACUUUGGAAAAAGUUGGUUUGUUUGCAGAUGGUACUGCCGUGAAAGUUCUUGGAGAUGAAACCUGGAGAUUAGCAAAAGAAUAUGUAGAUGAAGUUGUGCUUGUCAACACUGAUGAAUUGUGUGCUGCUAUUAAGGAUAUUUUUGAAGACACAAGGCUGAUUGUCGAACCUUCUGGAGCAUUGUCUGUUGCUGGAUUGAAAAAGUACAUUGAAGAACACCCAGAGAUUGACCACAGAGAUAAGACAUAUGUUCCAGUUUUGUCUGGUGCUAAUAUGAAUUUUGAUAGAUUAAGGUUUGUUAGUGAAAGAGCAGUUUUGGGUGAAGGAAAAGAAGUCUCAUUGGCUGUUACCAUUCCUGAGAAACCUGGUGAGUUUGCCAGAUUGCAAAAAGUUAUCAAUCCACGUGCUAUCACUGAAUUUUCAUACAGGUACAACGGUGAAGAAAACGCCGAUAUAUUUGUGUCCUUUAAUGUAGUGGACAAGAAAAAAGAAAAGUCUUCAGUUAUAGCAGCAAUGGAAAAUUGUGGAUUUGAAGUUGUUGAUAUUUCAGAAAACGAAUUGGCAAAAUCUCAUGGACGUUAUUUAGUUGGUGGUAAGUCACAAUCUACAAAAUCCUCAAAUGAAAAAAUCUAUCAAUUUGAAUUCCCUGAAAAACCAAAUGCUUUGUUUAACUUUUUACAAGCAUUAAGGAGCGACUGGAAUAUCAGCUUGUUUAAUUAUAGAAAUCAUGGACAUGAUGUCGGAAAAAUCUUGUGUGCAUUUACUCUUCCUGAAGGAUCUGAGGAAGACUUCCAAGAAUUUUUAAAGAAUGUUGGUUACACUUUUGUUGAUGAAUCUGAUAACAUCUUUUACAAAAAAUUCUUGAGAAGCUAA